ACCACAACUGGAAGGAAAAAAAAAAAAAAAAAAUGGCAGACAAGGCUCUACGCUUUGUUUUCUUGAUCACAAGUCUAUUUGUUUUGUUGUUUUCUUGUUUUCCGGCGACUGUUGAUGGGUACAAGAACUACACGGUGGGAGACUCCUUGGGAUGGUACGAUUCCCUCGAGAAGCCCACUGUGAAUUACCAGAAAUGGGCCGCCGGCAAGAAUUUCAGCCUUGGCGAUUUCCUCAUUUUCAACACGGACAACAACCACUCGGUGAUCCAAACGUACAACCUCACAACGUACAACUCGUGCGACUCUUCAGACGGCCUCGACAACAACACCAUCGAGUGGUCAUCGGCCGACCCUUCCUCCACCACACCCUACCCAGUGACUGUCCCCGUACCGCUCGUCCGCGUGGGCCCCACAUACUUCUUCUCCAGCGACUACGACGGGGAGCAGUGCCGCAACGGGCAGCGGCUCGAGAUCCGAGUGGCGCGCGGCCAGGGGCUCCCGCCUGGGCUCGGAGGUCCGACCGGAGGCUCGCCGGGCCCUAUAAGCCCGCAGUCGGGAGACGACGAGGAGUCAGCUCCGGACACGUUGGUCCCGUCGAAUUUCGACCAUCCUAGGGAUGUGAGCGAUGAUGGUGAUGGGGAGAGCGGGAGUAAUGAGGCGUCCGAUUCUCUUUCUUUGGUGGCUUUAACCAGGCUGUUUGGGGUUGGAGUUGGAUUGCAAUGGAUUUUCUUGGUUUUCGUAAUUUUUUAAUUUAGUUGAUCUUUUAUUGUUUUUUGUUUUUAUUUAUUUAUUUUUAUUAAUUAUACGGAUGUGGUGUACAAGAGAUAUGUAUGGUUAAUACAUACUAUGAGAUAUGUAAUUGAUAUUUUUUACGUGAUUUUUUUAUACAAAUUUUGUAGAUUCAUUAAUUAUAACCAA